CAUGCGCGCGCGCAGCCGGCAGUGCCUCAGUCUGGGCAGCGGGACCCGGCGGGCGGCGGUUUGGCUGCCGAGGUGCGAAGGGAGGAGCCCCAGUUGCCGCCGCCGCCGCCGCCGGAGAGGACGAUGUCUGCGAGUCGAGCCAAGAAAGUGAAGAUGGCCACCAAAUCGUGCCCCGAGUGCGACCUCCAGGUUCCUGUUGCAUGUAAAUCUUGUCCCUGUGGUUACAUAUUUAUUAAUAGAAAACUCCUAAAAGUAAAACAGUCAGAUAAGUCAUCACCUUUUACAGAAGUGAGCAACGCCAUGUCUCUGAAAGAUCUGCGAAUACUCUUCUUAUACGAGUUUAAACUCGGACACAGCGCCGCCACGGCCAGCAGAAACAUCGCCUCCGUCUUCGGAGAAGGCUCCGUGAACGAAAGGACCAUCCGCUGGUGGUUUGAGAAGUUCCGUUCUGGGGACCUGAGUCUGAAGAAUGAGCCUCGCGGGAGACCCAGGUCGGUCCUCAAUGAAGACGAGCUGCGAGCCAUGGUGGAGGCGAACCCCAAGAGCGCCAUCCGGGGCCUCGCCGCAGACCUAGGCGUUUCUGCCACAACCAUUUCUCGCCACCUGGCGGCCAUGGGAAAGGUGAAAAGGUUGGACAAGUGGGUGACAGCUGCUGAUGGCUGAUCAUGAACAGGUGGUUGGAGAGACGCUCACCCUUAAGAUUUGGAAGAGCAGAGACCUUAUGAGAGCGUCCUAAGUGUGACAGGAAUGAAAUGGAAAGGGAUCUGGGCAAUGGCUGGAUGUUGAUGAAGUUCCCCAACGUGUUAAAACCUUCCUUCUCCCAAAAGAGGAUCUGGUAACUGGGGGGGGGGGGGGGGGGGGGGUGCACACAGGGUGUUUCAACACCGUGUUCGCCCGGACUGCUUUCCCUGCGUGAACGAGCCACAUUGCCCAGCCGUGGGCUCACGGACCCCGUCGCGCUGCAGCGUUCUGCGCUGGUCCGCAGGCGUGGGCCUGUCCCGCCUGGGACAGCAGCAGCCUGCAGACAUCACAGACGCCAUGGGGAGGUAACAGAAUCGGGCAAAGGAAUUUAGCGCGUCCAUCAGACUCACCCGGCCUUUUAACACAGAUUCCCCCCUCCUUUGUCAUUUGUAACUAAGACACAGAACAUUCUCUGCUUGAGAAGCAGGAAUUGAAGGAAGUGAAUGUCUUGUAACAAGACUGGAUUUUAUAAAUGUAGUAUAUCAUUUAAUAUUGGGGGAAAGUUUAUCACUUGGAGAAAGCAGCUCAUACUAUUAGUGCAUAUUUUGGUUGAACGAAGCUGUUGUUUUUCUCAAAAAAUAUAACAUUUUCAUUUUGACCUACAAAAAGGCAAUUGCAUGUGGUUCACCCUGAUCGUUUCCUAAUCCCGGCAGAGCCCGGAGCCGGAAAGGCCCUCAGGAGCCAAAGCUACUGCUGCUCCCGAGGACUGCGGCUUCUUCCCGGGAGGGAUGUGGCGCAACCCAGGGAGCGCACGCGCGUGUGUGUGUGUGCGCGUGUGUGCGUGUGUGUGUGUGAAAGAUGCUUAGGAGUCAGCCGAGCAGAAACCCAGGUGACGAGUGCGUCAGCCUCCUUCCCUUCCUUUGACCUCAGCUGCUUUGCUCCUGGCUUGCUUUCUGUCUGAAUGUUUGCCGUUCCUCUUCACCUUAGUAACUCUACCCAUCAUGCACUUUUCCUCCAGGAAGUCUUCCCUGGUUGCCCUGCCCCCACCCCAGGUCAGGUCCCCUUGACGAUGGCCUAAGAAUCCCAGUAUUGUUCCUGCAUAAUGUGAUCAUGGUCAGAAUAUAUUUAUUUGUGAGAUAAUGUGUGUGUGUCUGUCUUUUCUGCAAGAUUAUAAGGUUCACAACAGCAGGGACUGAGUUUUUGCUUAUAUGAUCAUACCCGCCAAGGGCACAGGUCUAGUUACAAGCAUGUCCAACUCGCGGCCUGCGGGCUACAUGCAGCCCACAAUGAAUAUUUUUGCGGCCCAGCCAAUAUAACGGUCUGUAAGAAACGCUUUAAUAAAAAUUUUGUAAGUUAAUUUUUACAAUAUCCUGUUAUACAUAAUUAAUAUUACGAGCUACAACUUUCGAUAAUGACUGAUUACUAUCAUCGUGUUGCAUUCAUUUCCCUUACGCGCCAUUUCUCUCCACUAAUACUAGCAGCGAAUUUUUUUUUUUUAAUUUUACUGAUUUUUUACAGAGAGGAAGGGAGAGGGAUAGAGAGUUAGAAACAUCGUUGAGAGAGAAACAUCGAUCAGCUGUCUCCUGCACACCUCCUACUGGGGAUGUGCCCGCAACCCAGGUACAUGCCCUUGACCGGAAUCUAACCUGGGACCUUUCAGUCCGCAGGCCGAUGCUCUAUCCACUGAGCCACACCGGUUAGGGCAGCAGCGAAUUUUUUAGCAGUUGAUGGCCAUGUCACUAGUCUUGGACUGACUUGUUUGGUGUGUGCAACGGGAAAUAUUUCACUUCUGGAGAACAAGAAAAAUAGGUUUAUUUGCAUUAUGCUUAUUAAUUUGUGCAGUUAUUCAUUGUCUGGUAAGUUAAUGUUCAAGAAAAAUAUUAAUUUUUAUUAAAAUGUUCCAUUAACGAUGACUCAUUUAUUUCAGCCCUUUGUAUUCAACAUGUCUCUAUUGAAAUAAACCUACGUUUCUAUGAAAAUUGAAGCUUUUGUUCUUUUGCGGCCCACAUAAACUUAAACCUUGUUUAUUUGGCCCGUGUUAGCCUUUGAAUUUGACAUACUUGGUCUAGUACAUAGUAGACACCCAUUAAUGUUUGUUCAACGAAUAAAUAAAUGCGAGGGCCAGUUUCAUCCACUUUGUAGAAAAUUUGACAGGAAGUAAUUAAAAAACAAAUGAACAGUCGUUUAAAUAAGUAGGUUUUGUUUUCUCUAACUGAUGAAAAUGUUCAAACAUAUAAAAUACUUGAAUUUUACAGUGAUCCUAUGUAGCCUUUUAUGAAUAAAGCUGUUAUGAAUAUU